GCCUCAGUACAGCGCGGCUAGACAGGUUCAUUAUACUUGCAGGUAAACACGGGCAAAUAGAGCACCCGCCACUCAUUCAGGCGAAAACAAAGCUUGAAUAGUGCUGUGUACUCCAGUUACAUUUUCACUUGACAUUGAAAGAGACAACUUAAAACUUAUGGGAAACAAGUCUCCCGUCAGAGGACUUACACCCUCUCAAGUGCCCCACCCGCCGAAUUUUCAAAGCACUUUCAAAGCACUCAUUUACAACUCAUAUCGCUCACUCGCAGCUCACCUCUCUCUUGCCACAACCGUCCCCAAAACCGAAGCCAUCACCACCCGCACGCCCCUCUUUUUACAACCCGCCGCCAGAAACAAGUCAACAAUAAAAAACCCACAAUGCUGCCCACUCCGUGCACCUCCCACGUGCCCUACGAGCGCGUCUACGAGCCGGCCGAGGACUCCUUCCUGCUGCUGGACACGCUGUCGUCCGCGUCCGAGACCGCCUUUCUCGCCGCGCACUUCCCGGCGGUCACCACGACCACGACCACCACUACCACGACCACCACCACCACACCAUCUCCACCGUCAUCAUCAUCUUUGUCCCCACACCCCUUAUCUGGCACGACCACGGCGACGGCAACAGCCACGGCCAGCAGGGCCACGGCAACGACAGCCUCCGCACCGCUGCUGCUCCUCGAGAUCGGCCCCGGCUCCGGCGUCGUGCUGGCCUUCGCCACGGCCCACGCCGCCGCGCUGUUCGGCGGCCGCCGCGACGUGCUCGCGCUCGGCAUCGACGUCAACCGCUUCGCGUGCCGCGCGACGCGCGAGACGGUGCGCAAGGCCGUGGCGGCUUCCUCGGUGCCGAGGAGGAGGAAGGGGAGGAGGAGGAGAAGCGGGGGUGAUGCUGAUGGGGGUGGUAGUGGUGGUGGUGCUGCUGGAGGUUCUGGUGCUGCUGGUGAUGAGGGUGGGACCGGGGAGAACGACGACGGCGGGCAGCAGGAGGAGGAAAUGGAGGAGGAGGGCGAGGGGGAGGGUGAGGCAGGAGACACGGCCGGGUACUUCCUCGGCGUGGCGCAAGGCGAUCUCGUCGGGGCGGUGCGCCCCGGCACGGUGGACGUGCUGGUGUUUAACCCGCCGUACGUGCCGACCGAGGAGGUGCCGGCGGUGCCGGCGGCGGCGGGAGGGGGCGGCGGCGGAGACGGAGACGGAGAGAGGAUGAGGACGACGUUCGAAGAAGACUCGGCACUGCUGGCGCUGAGCUACGCGGGCGGGAAGGACGGGAUGGAGGUCACGGAGCGGGUGAUUGCGGCGCUGCCGGCGGUGCUGUCGGACCGCGGCGUGGCGUAUCUGCUGCUGUGCGCGCAGAACAGACCGGAGGAGGUGAAGGAGAGGAUCAGGCAGAUGGAGGGCGGCGGCAGGUGGAGGGCGGAGACGGUCGGAUCGAGUGGGAAGCAGGCCGGGUGGGAGAAGCUGCAAAUCGUGAGGAUAUGGAGGGCGUAGUAGUCACAUGGGUAACGUCGAAUGGCAGGGGGGAAGCGGGGGCGUAUUGUUUGCGGUUAUCUGCCGCUACCGUCUCGGAGCGGGAACCGCCAGCAGACGAUUCGGUCUAUUCUCCGUGACAUGCCAUGCUGGCUGCCAUGCUGGCUACUUUUCAGUCCAUCCUAGAACGCCCAUAGUUGCCUGCCGCCCAUAGAUGUUGGGCAGCUAUCACCAAAAAAAAAGAAGACAACUCCGU